AUGCUUUCAGUGGCAAGAUUAGAUUUUGACAAACUGGAUGCCUUUUGCCAGGACAAUAGGAUUCCUGUAGAUGACAUUCCAGUGAAAACUCUGAAAAAAGCCGAGCAGCCGAGAUAUCCAAAACGCAGCAUUCCCAAGAUUUCUUACAAGGAGGAAGACGUACCGAGUGACGAUGAAUUUUUAUUUUGCGACUUAUGUGGAGAUGAGUACGAAGGACCCUGUCCAAUACACGGCCCAAUGUUACUGGUGUGUGAUCAAAAGAUUCGCAAAGGUGGUCGAACUGAUCACUUCAUCGAAGGAGCAGAUGAGAAGUCCUCGAAUUGGCUCCGGUUCGUGAACUGCGCCAACGUGGAGGAAAAGCAGAACCUGGUGGCCUUCCAAUUCCGUAAAGAUGUCUACUACAGGACGUAUAAGCCCGUCCUAGAGUUCACGGAAUUGUUCGUCUGGUACGGAGAUGCCUACGGACGAGAACUCGGAGCGCAAAUCAAGAGAAAGAUUUCGUUGUCGCUGGAAGUCAAACCAAAGGAAGUGACCGGGGUGGAGUGCGACCUCUGCCACGCCCUCUUCUCCUCUCCCGAAGUGAUGGAGAAGCACCGGAAGAGACAUCCGCACAUGGGGCCGGACAGGAGACACCGCUGCCCCCACUGCGAAUACUCCACGGACGAUGCUGGUAACAUGAGACGUCACCUGGCCGCCCACGACGGGGUGAAGAGUCACAAGUGCCCCGAGUGCGGAAGGGCCUUCACUCAUAAGCACAAUCUCGCCCGACACGUCCGCACACACACCGGUGAGAGGCCGUUCCAGUGCGAUGAGUGCGGAAAGGAGUUCACGCGUAAAAGCAGCCUCCUCACACACGAGAGGAUCCACAGCGGGGAGCAGCCCUUCCUCUGCUCGGAGUGCGGGAAGGGAUUCACCAACCAGAGUAGUCUAGUUUUUCACCUCCGGACCCACACGGGACAGAGACCCUACAGAUGCACCCAGUGCCCCUACAGGAGUGCACAGUCAUCUCGUCUGAAGAAGCACGUCAUCGCCCAACACUCGAAGGACUAUCCUCACGUGUGCGAAGAAUGCGGGAAAGGAUUCGUGAAGCCUUCACGUAUGAUCAAACACAAGACAAAGGCACAUAAAAAUAAUUAG